AUGCCGCCUACUAGAAACCAAACGCAAAACCUUGACCAAUGGCACCUGCCCCUACGUCGCGUUGAAUCUCCGAGUGUACGCUUCCACCACUUGACCUGGUCUCAGGCAAUCAAACAACGAUUCUGGCACCUGGUGGCCCCAACGAGAUCGGACGCGUUCAAGGACAAGCAGGAAUACUUUGCCACGACGUUCCUUGAACAAGUCCAAGGGUACAACAAACUCAGAAAACGGGUGAAGCAAUUGUAUCUUAUAUCUCGCUCCCAUCGCAUCUCCCAACUCGAAGACCUUUACCAUACCCUCAACUUGAGCGAACCGCCAGAGCGAUGGGACGAUGAAGCAACUGUACAGGCUUUCUUCACGCUUCCGGACCAACAGUCCCAUAAUAAUGAAGCCUCCAGUCAGCUCACAACGACUCCGGUCUGCAGCAUCCACGCAUACGAUGUCCUGGAUGCUCUCCCAGGUAGCAAGGGAAAGACCUGUCUGACAAAGGAGGAAACGCUCCUCCUUGACGAGUAUUGUGAGAGCAUAACGCGAACACAGAAGCUGCGGACCCAUUUGCAAGAGGUUGAAGAUGACCUUGCGCGCUACACACAUCUUAUCAAGACGCAAGCAACGGCGGAGCUGACCUACUUUCGAGGUUUUCGAGACUGGUGCAGGCUCAUGCUCCAAAUCACAACCCAUCUUUCGAACUCGCUUAUCAUCAUUUCCACCCUUGGGGCAGGCUUGAUAUAUUCGACUGUGUUCCAAGCAACGAGAGGCGAUGUCGGGCUCAUGUGCUACUGCUUCCCCUUUUUCAUAUGCGGUAUCAUACUCCCAGUUAUCAUCCAAAUCGUGCUCAACUGGGGAGCCAACUUUCAACGCGAGGCAAUUUUUGCGAGUCAGCGUUUUUGGACUAUUAUUAUUGGCGUUUUCUUAUUCUCGUCCACACUCGCUGUCAUUGCCUCUUUGAUUAUACUCAACCUCACCGUUUUCUUUCUCAACCGGACUGACGGCUUUGACCCUACCCUGGAUGCACCAUCAACGACCGCUCCAGGCAUUCUCGCUUUCAGUAUCACGGGCUCGGUUUUCUUGCUAGUGAUCGUUGGGGCGCUGCUGAGUGCCAUCGGGCUGAGAGCAUUCACCACAAUACGAGGGAUACGAGCAGUGUUGAGUGCUGUUUCUGGAAUCAAUGGUCAAGGCCAGGAUGCUCUCAAGUUCUGGUUGCCCGUUUGA